CCGCUCAGUUGCUUCGGAGUCAGCUGCGUGCGAGCCCUGUACCAACUCAAAAAGCCUUUCCUCUGACCGCUCCCCGCUGCAGAGAGAGAGCGUUUGAUUUUCUGCACGGAACAGAAAUCCUGCUCAAGAAAAGCGACAGCAGCACCUUAUACGCCUGCGGACAGCAAGUGCAGCGAUUGCAUCUCCGCAAAAGGGGCUGUGAGAGGAGCGAAUACGACUGGGAUGGGAGGGAUCGCAAGUCCGCUGGCUCGGGGAGUACUCAGCGCGGCAUAGUUGCUGAAGAGGGUAUCGGUGUUCGGAGGGGAGUGUUGAUGGGAAUCUGCUGCUAUUUCCCCCUUCCACUGACACGGAGAUUAAACAUUUGCUUCCAAGGAUUUGCCUUCGACUAAAGUCAGCCGUUGCAACGCCCGUGGACCAAGUGGAUUUGCUUUGAACGGCAUUUUUGGCGCUUUUAACACGUUCCUUGGUUGUCAUUCUGGAGUAAGGGGACUUGGGAUUCCUGUGAACGUGCCCAUCCGCAGUGUCAAUGCGACUGCGGCUGUGAACGGAAAACCGCAGCGAUAACAGGCACAGAAUGUCCCCAACCUCCAGGGCAGCCUGAAAAACGCGGAAACCGGAUCCCGGAACGUGGCUGAGAGCACUGGACGAGAGACCGACUGUUCCCCCCUUCCUCCCCCAUCCCGUGCCACCUUAAGACUGUUGGACCAUGGCGUCCACUACCACCACCACCACCACCACAAGGAAAUGGACCUUUCUGAUCUCUUGCUGCUUCUUCCUCCUGUCCACACUGCUGUGUGCCGUGCUCCCAUUGGCCGAAUGCCGGCACCAGACCCCGGCCACUGGCCUCCUCCUGGCCGACGACUACCGCACCUUCCGCUCCGAGAACUCGGAGAUGACCUUCAACCACCUGGCGGUGGACAAGCGCAACGGCAACGUCUACCUUGGCGCCGUGAACCGGAUCUACAAGCUCUCGCCGGCGCUGGACGUGCAGGUGUCCCACCAGACGGGGCCCGACGAGGACAACCGCGACUGCUACCCGCCGCGCAUCGUGCAGCCCUGCAGCGAGCCGCUCUCGCUCACCAACAACGUCAACAAGAUGCUGCUGAUGGACUACCGCGAGAACCGGCUGCUGGCCUGCGGCAGCCUGUACCAGGGCAUCUGCAAGCUCCUGCGGCUGGACGACCUCUUCAAGCUGGGCGAGCCCUUCCACAAGAAGGAGCACUACCUGUCGGGCGUCAACGAGAGCGGCUCCGUGUACGGCGUCAUCGUCUCCUACUCCGGGCAGGCCACCGACAAGCUGUUCGUGGCCACCGCCGUGGACGGCAAGCCCGAGUACUUCCCGACCAUCUCCAGCCGGAAGCUGGAGCGCAACUCGGAGGAGGACGGCAUGUUCGCCUACGUCUUCCACGACGAGUUUGUGGCGUCCAUGAUCAAGAUCCCCUCGGACACCUUCACCGUGGUGCCCGACUUUGACAUCUACUACAUCUACGGCUUCAGCAGCGGCAACUUCGUCUACUUCCUGACUCUCCAGCCGGAGAUGGGCACCACCUCGGCCGUCGGGUCCUCGGCCACGGGCCGCGAGCAGGUCUACACCUCCAAGCUGGUGCGCCUCUGCAAGGACGACCGGGCCUUCAACUCCUACGUGGAGGUGCCCCUGGGCUGCAUCAAGGGCGGCGUGGAGUACCGUCUCCUGCAGGCCGCUUACCUGUCCAAGGCCGGCUCCAUCCUGGCCAAGUCUCUGGGCGUGGGGCCCAACGACGACGUCCUGUACGCUGUCUUCUCCAAGGGCCAGAAGCGCCGGCCCAAGGAGUCUUCGCAGGACUCGGCGCUCUGCGUGUUCGCCCUGAAGGAGAUCAACGACCGGAUCAAGGACCGGCUGCAGUCCUGCUACAAGGGGGAGGGCACGCUGGACCUGGCCUGGCUCAAAGUCAAGGACAUCCCCUGCAGCAGCGCGCUCCUCACCAUCGACGACAACUUCUGUGGCCUGGAUAUGAACGCUCCGCUGGGCGUAUCGGAGAUGGUGCGCGGGGUCCCGCUCUUCUCCGACGCCCACGACAGGAUGACGUCCGUCAUCGCCUACACCUACAAGAACCACUCGCUCGCCUUCGUCGGAACCGAGGGGGGACGCCUCAAAAAGAUCCGUGUGGAGGGCCCGUCCCCCGGAGCGCUGCAGUACGAGACGCUGCAGGUGGUGGAGAAGGGCCCCAUCCUGAGGGACAUGGCCUUCUCUGCAGACCAGCACUACCUCUACGUCAUGUCCGACACACAGCUGACGCGGGUGCCCGUGGAGACGUGUGAGCAGUACUCCAGCUGUGGCGAGUGUCUGGGUUCGGGAGAUCCCCACUGCGGAUGGUGUGUGCUGCACAGCAUGUGCACCAGGAAGGACAAGUGUGAUCGCUCAUCGGAACCCCGUCGCUUCGCCUCGGACAUCAACCAGUGCGUGCGCCUCAGCGUCCACCCCAGCAACAUCUCUGUGUCUCAGUACAGCGUCACGUUGGUCCUGGAAGCCCACAACGUGCCCGAGCUGUCUGCAGGGGUGAACUGCACCUUCGAGGAUCUGGCGGAGAUGGACGGCCUGGUGGAGGGCAACCGCAUCAAGUGCAUCUCGCCCACCGAGAAGGACGUCCCUCGCAUCGUCGUCGAGCAAGGUGACCAUCAGAUUGUGCAGCUCUAUCUCAAGUCCAAGGAGACAGGUCUGGCCUUUGCCAACACCAGCUUCGUCUUCUACAACUGCAGCGUCCACAAGUCGUGUCUGUCCUGCGUGGGGAGCCCAUACCAGUGCCACUGGUGCAAGUACCGCCACGUCUGCACCCACGACCCCCGCACCUGCUCCUUCCAGGAGGGCCACGUCAAGGAGCCAGAGGAGUGUCCCCAGCUGCUCCCAGCGGACCGCAUCCUGGUUCCAGUGGGCGUGGUGAAGCCCAUCACCCUGAGAGCCAAGAACCUGCCCCAGCCGCAGUCGGGCCAGCGCGGGUACGAGUGCGUCCUCACCAUACAGGGCAUGGAGCAGAGGGUGCCCGCCCUGAGGUUCAACAGCUCCAGCGUGCAGUGUCAGAACACCUCAUACUCUUACGAGGGUAUGGACGUGAGCAGCCUGGCGGUGGACCUGACGGUGAUCUGGAAUGGGGACUUUAGCAUCGAUAACCCCACGGAAAACAAAGUGCACCUGUACAAGUGUGACGCGCGGCGCGAGAGCUGCGGGCUGUGCCUGAAGGCGGACCCGCUGUUUGGCUGCGUGUGGUGCCGUAACCAGCUGGCGGGCGCUGGGGGCGGAGAUGGCCGCUGUACCCUGAAGCAGCACUGCCCUUACCCGGAGAGCCAGUGGCUGGAGCACAACGGCCUCAACAGCAAGUGCACACACCCCAAGAUCACCAAGAUCUCUCCACUAAGAGGGCCUCGUGAGGGGGGAACUCUGGUCACCAUCCGGGGGGAGAACCUGGGUCUUCAUUUCGAGGAGAUCCAGGGGAACGUUAAGGUGGCGGACGUGGAAUGCAGACCGGUGCGGGAGGGAUACAUACCUGCGGAACAGAUUGUGUGUGAGAUGGGGAAAGCGGAGAGGAGCCAGUUUGCCGGUGGUGUGCAGGUGUGUGUGGGCGAGUGCAGGCAGGAGUUCAUGACCAAGACCUCCAAGUACUACUACUUUGUGGUUCCCCGUCUGCUCUCCCUCAACCCAAUGCGAGGACCAGUUUCCGGGGGAACCAUUGUCAACAUCACCGGGAGCAACCUGGAUGCCGGCAGCAACGUGUCCAUCACCUUCAAGGACCAGACGUGCACCUACCAAAGGAGGGCCGGAGUGUGGAUCACCUGUAAAUCCCACACCGCCCCCAAUGGUGUGGGCAACGUGACGGUGUCGGUGAGCGUGGACAGGGCCCACCUGCAGAGGGACCUGCGCUUUGAGUAUGUGGAGGACCCCACCAUCAUCAAGCUGGAGCCAGAGUGGAGCAUCUUCAGUGGGAACACACCAGUGACAGUGACUGGAACCAACCUGGACAUCAUUCAGAGUCCCCUCAUCAGAGCCAAGUACAAGAACCUCGAGACUAUUAAUACGUGCCAGGUGCUGAACCCCACCACCAUGCUGUGCCAGGCGCCCGAGCUGCCCGUCUCCCUGAGCCGCCAGCAGGAGGUGGUGGAGCGGCCCGACGAGUUCGGCUUCAUCCUGGACGACGUGCCCACGGUGCGCGCCCUCAACAACACCAACUUCCUCUACUACCCCAACCCCGUCUUCGAGCAGCUCAGCCCCUCCGGCGUGCAGGAGCUCAAGCCCGGCUCGCCCAUCAUACUCAAGGGAAGGAACUUCCUGCCUCCCACCCCUGGCAACGGGAAGUUGAACUACACUGUGAUGAUCGGGGAGACGCCAUGCACACUUACUGUGUCGGACACCCAGCUGCUCUGCGAGUCACCCAACCUGACGGGCCGACACAAAGUUCUGGCCCGGGUGGGUGGCAUCGAGUUCUCCCCGGGCGUGGUGCACAUCACCUCGGACAGCCCCCUGAGCAGCACAGCCAUCAUCAGCAUCGCGGGCGCCGGGGGCCUCCUCAUCCUCAUCAUCGUGGUGGUCCUCAUCGCCUACAAGCGCAAGUCCCGCGAGAGCGACCUCACCCUCAAGCGCCUGCAGAUGCAGAUGGACAACCUGGAGUCCCGCGUGGCACUAGAGUGCAAAGAAGCCUUUGCCGAGCUGCAGACUGACAUCCACGAGCUGACCAGUGACCUUGACGGCGUGGGCAUCCCCUUCCUAGACUACAGGACCUACACCAUGAGGGUGCUCUUCCCCGGCAUCGAGGAACACCCAGUCCUACGAGACCUCGAGGUGCCUGGCUACCGGCAGGAGAAGGUGGAGGCGGGCCUGAAGAGCUUCGGCCUGCUGAUCAACAACAAGGUCUUCCUGCUGAGCUUCAUCCGCACGCUGGAGUCGCAGCGCGGCUUCUCCAUGCGCGACCGCGGCAACGUGGCCUCGCUCAUCAUGACGGUGCUGCAGAGCAAGCUGGAGUACGCCACCGACGUGCUCAAGCACCUGCUCUCCGACCUCAUCGACAAGAACCUUGAGAGCAAGAACCACCCAAAGCUGCUGCUGCGCAGGACGGAGUCCGUGGCGGAGAAGAUGCUGACUAAUUGGUUUACAUUUCUGCUGUACAAGUUCCUGAAGGAGUGUGCCGGUGAGCCCCUCUUCUCCCUGUUCUGUGCCAUCAAGCAGCAGAUGGAGAAGGGUCCCAUUGACUCCAUCACGGGCGAGGCGCGCUACUCCCUCAGCGAAGACAAGCUGAUCCGCCAGCAGAUCGACUACAAGACACUGGUGGUGAACUGCAUCCACCCGGACAACGAGAAGAGCCCAGAGAUCCAGGUGAAGGUGCUGAACUGCGACACCAUCAGCCAGGUGAAGGAGAAGCUGCUGGACGCCAUCUACAAGAACGUGCCCUACUCACACCGCCAGAAGGCCUCCGACAUGGACCUGGAGUGGCGUCAGGGUAGAGGAGUGCGAGUCAUCCUCAUGGAUGAGGACCUUACCACCAAGAUCGAGAGCGACUGGAAGAGACUCAACAUGCUUGCACAUUACCAGGGCACGCUGCAGAAGUUUGUGGACGACCUGUUUGAGACCAUCUUCAGCACGGCCCACAGAGGCAGUGCCCUGCCCCUGGCCAUCAAGUACAUGUUCGACUUCCUGGACGAGCAGGCCGACAAGCACAGCAUCCACGACCCCCACGUCAGACACACAUGGAAGAGCAACUGCCUACCUCUGCGUUUCUGGGUGAACGUGAUCAAGAACCCGCAGUUCGUCUUCGACAUCCACAAGAGCAGCAUCACGGACGCCUGCCUGUCGGUGGUGGCCCAGACCUUCAUGGACUCCUGCUCCACCUCCGAGCACCGGCUGGGGAAGGACUCGCCCUCCAACAAGCUGCUCUACGCCAAGGACAUCCCCAGCUACAAGAGCUGGGUGGAGAGAUACUACUCGGACAUCAACAAGAUGCAAGCCAUCAGUGACCAGGACAUGAAUGCGUACCUGGCUGAGCAGUCCCGUAUGCACAUGAACGAGUUCAACAGCAUGAGCGCCCUCAGCGAGAUCUACUCCUACGUGGGCAAAUACACUGAAGAGAUUGUGUGCGCGCUGCAGCAGGACGACUCGGCCAGGAAGCAGAAGCUGGCGGCGCGGCUGGAGGCGGUGGUGGCCAACAUGAGCAUGGAGAGCUGAGGACCGCAUUUCCCAGAAGGACACUGGGAAAUCCCUGCCCCCGUCAGUGCCUGAGCGAAGAACCUGUCCAUCUAUCUCAUCAUAUCUCUGUUUAACUCCUCCUAAAGAGACUGCAAGACUACAAAAACCAAGUUCCUUUUUUUGAAAAACUUCUCCACUCAGACAGACAGAUGAAACAAACAAACAAACAAACAAACAAAAACUUUUGCAUCACUUUAGCUCUGCUUCCUAGACGAGUAGAGGUGAAGGGGCUAGAGAGCCGCGGCAAGCAAGAACUACAUCUCCCAAGAUGCAAUGGGGGAAGAUUGUGUUCCUGUUCCGCGGCGUAGGAGAAGUUGAGUUGGGUUGCCUGAGGGAGCGAGGUGACCUGUGGUGACCUCGUCUCUUUUUUUGGACUCUCGACCGCUUGGAGAAGGAGAGUGAGCAAGCCGUCAUGUUUAUGUUGCCUUUGAAAAAUAACACUGAUAGCAAAGUCUUUGAAACCGCCAAGUUGGCUGUUCGAUUUGUUCUGACUUUUAUGAUUAGGAUAGUGAUCAAAGCUGUUUCUAGAGUCCAGUUAAUUGUAGAACCUUAUUAAAAAACGUUCAUCAUCACAUGCAAAGAGGAGGACUAAGGAAUGGUUCAUGCAUACAAGGACUGCACACCCAGUGACCAUGCAUCUCUUUACCAAGGACAUUUAUCGCAAAAUGACAGACAGCAAAACAAACAAACAAACAAAUGGAGUUUACAAAGGUACCUUCUACAAGUCACCUGAAUUCUACAUAUCCAUGUGGGUGGAGGCUGGUGGAGUGUCUCCGAUGGGGAAUCCCACAACCCACACGUGUUUUCAAAAAGAAGACGCGUGUUCAAAAAAAAAGACUCCAAAAGUAGGGUUUCUAGAGAAUCGAUUAGUGCUUCUAGGACUUUUUUUGUUUUGAACUCCUUGGACUUUUGACUGUGUAAAACCUUUGGGGAAAAAACAAGUCCUUUGUGACAUCAGCAAAAUGUGCCCACCUCCCUUCCACCUCCAAUCAUUUGCCCAGUCCUGCCCAAAUGAAAAAAACACCAAUCCUUUGUGAUAUAGCUUCUCAUACCAAACUGAAUUGGGUAAAACAGUCCUGCUGUUAGAUAUUGCAUGGGAAA